CUCCGACCGCAGGUGGUACAGACCAACCCGCGCACAAUGAUACACGGCAGCCUCUGGACAGGCGUCGCGUGCCUACUCGGCCUGCAGUCGCAAUGGCUGCGGGUCGCCGCCGACGACGCCGACGCCGCGCAGGCCGCGGCCGGCAACGACAGCCUGCUCUGGGGCCCGUACCGGCCGAACCUGUACUUUGGCGUGCGGCCGCGGGUGCCCAAGAGCCUGAUGGGCGGGCUGCUGUGGGCGCGCGUCGAGGACUACCAGAGCGUGCAGACGAGCUUCCGCCAUACGUGCGAGCAGCACGAGCUCGACGGCUACGGCUGGGACGAGUACGACGUGCGGCGCGGCGGCCGCCAGACGAUCCACGACCCCGCGAACCGCAUCGACAUGACGACCGAGUUUGUCAAGUUCCCCGGCGGCGCCCACGGCGGCAGCUGGGGCGCGCGCAUCACGGGCACGCCGCGCGACGACGCCGACGCCGACCUGAAGACGACGGUCGUCUGGUACCACACGCUCGAGGGCCUGGGCAGCGUCGCCGUGGCCGACGCCAACAGCGCCGAGACGGGGAUUCCCGGCGACGUCGUCUUCGCGGGCCACACGCCCGAGCUGGGCGACUUUGAGGUGCGCGUCACCGAGGGCCGCGGCGAACACCCGCGGUUCGAGCACGCCAGCUCCGACGACAAGCCGCUCGACCGCACGCUCGUGCACAGCGCGCAGCUGCCCGAGGACGCCCUGUGGCAGGCCAAGGCGGUGCUCUUCUCCCACAUGAAGACGCAGAUUGACGAGCUGGUGGCCAAGUACCCGCAGGAGAACCCGCCGCCGCCGGCGCAGGUCUACACGAUCCAGCACGCCCCCGGGGCCGGCAACAUGCACAUGGUGCAGAAGGUCUUUGCCGGGGCGUUUUCGUUUGACGUCAUCUUCUCGUCCGCGUCGGCCUCCGCGGCCGUGACGCCCGCCGACGUCACCGCCCAGAUCGAGUCGGCGGCGGCGGCGUUUGCGGCGCGCUUCGCCGACGUGUUGCAGCCGCAGCCGCCGUUCAGCGACGAGCGGUACGCGGGCUUCUCCAAGUCGCUGUUCUCCAACCUGCUCGGCGGCAUCGGCUACUUCUACGGCGACUCGCGCGUCGACGGCUCGUACGACGAGGCGUACGACGAGGCCAACGAGGGCUUCUGGGAGGAGGCGGCCGAGGCGCGCGCCAGAAACGCCGCCGAGACGGUCGCGCCCAGCGAGCUCUUCACCAGCAUCCCCUCGCGGCCCUUUUUCCCGCGCGGCUUCCUCUGGGACGAGGGGUUCCACCUGCUGCCCAUUAUGGACUGGGACGUCGACACGACGCUCGACAUUGUCCGCAGCUGGUUCAAGCUCAUGGACGACGACGGCUGGAUUGGCCGCGAGCAGAUCCUCGGCCCAGAGGCCCGCAGCAAGGUGCCGCCCGAGUUCCAGGUCCAGUACCCGCACUACGCCAACCCGCCGACGCUGUUCAUGGUCAUCGACGCGUUCCUCGACAAGCUCGACGCGCAGACGGCGCCGCGCGACGGCGCCGUGCAGUACCUGCACGACCUGUACCCGCUGCUCAAGCGGCACUACUUUUGGUUCCGCAAGACGCAGGCCGGCGACAUCAAGAGCUACGACCGCGACGCCUUCUCGUCCAAGGAGGGCUACCGCUGGCGCGGCCGCACCCCGCAGCAUGUGCUCACGUCGGGCCUCGACGACUACCCGCGCGCCCAGCCGCCGCACCCCGGCGAGCUGCACGUCGACCUGAUGAGCUGGAUGGGCAUGAUGACGCGCGCCAUCAGGCGCGUCGCCGUCCAUGUCGACGAGCACGACGACGCCGCCGAGUUUGCAAAGUACGACGAGGCCAUUGUCCGCAACAUGGACGACCUGCACUGGUCGGCCAAGGACAAGGCCUACUGCGACGCCACCAUUGACGACUACGAGGAGCACGCCCUCGUGUGCCACAAGGGCUACGUCUCGCUGUUCCCCUUCCUGACCGGCCUCGUCGGCUCCGACGGCAAGCACCUCGGCGCCAUCCUCGACCUCAUCGCCGACGAGGACCACUUGUGGUCCGCCCACGGCCUCCGCAGCCUGAGCAAGAGCGACGCCCUCUACCACACGGGCGAGGACUACUGGCGCGGCCCCAUCUGGCUGAACAUGAACUACCUCGCCGUGCAGCAGCUUCUGAAGGUCGCGCAGACACCGGGCCCGCACCGCGCCCGCGCCGCGCAGCUGUACACGGACUUGCGCAGCAACCUCGUCCGCACCGUCUACGAGAGCUGGCUCGACACGGGGUUCGCGUGGGAACAGUACAAUCCCGAGACGGGCAAGGGCCAGCGCACCCAGCACUUCACUGGCUGGACUAGCUUGGUCGUUAAGAUUAUGGCUAUGCCGGAUCUGGCCGCAAAGGGGGGGGCUGUUCGGGAUGAGCUGUAGGCGGAUGUGGAGGCGGAUGUGGAGGCAGAUACCGAGGCAGAUACGGAGUGGAGGCAGAUACGGAGGCAGAUACGGAGUGGAGGGGGAAGGAGGGUGUACCAUAUGUAACUGCUUCUGGGCGUCGAGACGGAGCAUUAGAAUACAGUGCAAUACAGUGCAGUACAGUGCAAUACAGUGCAGUACAGUGCAGUACAGUGCAAUACAGUGCAGUACAGUGCAGUACAGUACAAUACAGUACAACAGCACAACACAGUACAACACAGUACAACACAGUACAACACAGUACAGUACAACACAACGCAAAGUUUCCCCACUAUCUAGAUCCCACUUAGACUAGAAAAAUUGUUGCGGCAUCAAGG